AAAAGAUGGAAUUAUCAGAUCAACAACAAAAAAAGUCGUCCUCAAUUUCACCGAUCCUUGAGAAGCACAGACCCCUCUUUCAAGAAUCAAUUCUUCGAGACUGUCAACGUAUUUUACGUGAUGUGCCGGCGACCAGCGA